UACUUGCAGUGAUAUUGCCUUCAAAUCAGUUCAGGUCGUUUUAUUUUGUCAGUAAUAAUUUGGAUUUGCUUUUAUUCACAUUUAUUAUAUUACUUUUGAAAUCAUUAUUACUUUUACAUCGAACUUACCACCAUACAAAUGAACAAACAUUCAGCUGAAACUGCAUCUGUUGAAGAAGCUACAGAUUUUAAUGCUCCAGAACCACAUGAUGCAAUAAAUAUAGGCCCAGAUGCGAAACUUAGCACCAUACAAAUGAUCAAACAUUCAGCUGAAACUGCAUCUGUUGAAGAAUCUACAGAUUUUAAUGCUCCAGAACCACAUGAUGCAAUAAAUAUAGGCCCAGAUGCGAGUACUUACUAUAGCACCCAUAUUUAUAAUUUGAGCAGCAGUAAUGAAAGUGAGCCGACGUUUACAGAUGAUGAUAGUUCAGAAGAGAACUAUGAUAAUAAUGAUCAAGAGGACAGUGAUGAAAGUGAUGAUGACAAUGGGGAAGAUGGUGAUGAAGAGGAUGAUGAAGAGGAAGAGGACUAUUACGUAGAGGAGGAGGAGGAUGACGUAGAAGAAGAAGAUGAUGAGGAAGAUGAAGAAGAAAAAGAGGAUGCAUUAUGGGAUCAAUAUUUCAACGAUCUGGAGAAUUUGGAGAACAUGGAGGGUUACAACAACUUGGAAGAGGGUCGUGACUUGGAAGAGGGUCAUGACUUGGAAGAGGGUCAUGACUUGGAAGAGGGUCAUGACUUGGAAGAGGUUCAUGACUUGGAAAAGGGUCAUGACUUGGAAGAGGGUAUUGCUUCGGAAAAGGGCUAUUACUGGUUACAGGGUUCUGACUCGGAUGAGGAUAUUGACUGGGUUUAUCACUGGCAUGAGAAUAACAAUGACAAUGACCAGCAUAGGGAGACGAGAGUGGAGGAGGAGAGACCGCCGGAGGGCGAUGGGGAGGUGGAAGAUGUGAAUGAGGCUGGAAUGAAAGAAGAUGAGGAGAGGGAGGGGGAUGAGAAGGGGGAGAAGGAUGAUAAAGAGGACGAGAGUGGGCAAGUGAAUGACAAGGAGUGCGAGGAGACGGAUGAGGAGGGGAUGCAGGAGGGCAAGGAGGGGGAGGAGGAUGAUAAAGAGGAUGAAAGUAGUCAAGUGAAUGACAAGGAGUGCGAAGAGAUGGACAAGGAGGGGAUGGAGGAGGACAAGGAGGGAGAGGAGGCAGAAGAGGAGGGAGAGAAGGAUAUAGAUGAAGAAGAAGGUGGAAAAAAUGGCAAAAUUGAGGCAGACGAUGAUAAGAAAGAUAAUGGAAAUAUUGAUAUGUUUUCUCAAGGCCAGUAGGAAAAUGAAGAAUAUAAGAAAAAAGAGGCAAACAAAUGUUUAAAGGUUCGCAACUUCCACUGCUCUUGGUGCCAUGUGACCUGGAUUUUAGAGUGACCUGGCUGAUGGAUGGUGGAAACAGCAUCUGAUGUAUGGGAAUCCUGGCUGUUAAGGUUGGAGCAAAGUUUGCUGUUAGGUCUUCACAACCACAGAGUGCUUUAAGACAUUACAUCGGUUGAGUCAUUUUGUGUGAUCCCAGUCAAAUAACUCUUUUGUAUUUUGAAGUACACUAAAAUCAGUAAUUUGUUAUAUUGUUUGUUAAAAUUUUAAUGUUAAAUGGAAUUUUAUUUUUGUAAACAAGUAACAUAAAAUAUUAAAUGGAGAUUUAUUGUGGAACUAUAAUGCUUUCAAAGAAAAGAAUAAAUGUUUAAAUGAAUAAAAGUUGCUCUGAUUUGUACCUUGAGUAUAAGAAUUUAACUUUUCUUAAAGUUUGUAAGUGUUUAUACCUGUAUCAGAAGUGUUGUUUGUUUAUUUUAAGUUGAAACUUAGUUUGUGACCACAGUGGUUUUGUCUCUCUCUCGCUCUCCCCCCCUUACCAUCGUUCAGCCAUAAUUUAAGAAUUUUAAAGUAAUAAUUACGGUUUUUAUUAUUGUUUGAUAUUUGCAGAAAGUAAGUAUUGGUUUUAGUUUAUUUGUUUGCCCCAGUAAAUUCAGGUAUGUUUUGUUGGCAGUGAGAAAGUGCAGGUACCCUUCUUGUUUUAAUUUAUUCAAACUUCUGGAGAAAUGUCUGAAGUAAACAUAAUUUUUGUAAAUAAGAGGAGAUAUUGUUACUUUAUUGUAAAGCCAGUUUUAAGAUAUUUAUUAUGUACUUUGUUAAUGUAGAAUUAAGAAGUAAUGUUUUUGUAAUGAUGAUUUGAAAAUAUAAAGUAAACAAGGACUUGUUCUGCAACAUUCA